GUUCAGACUGUGUAAAGUAAUUUAUAUAGCAAGUAUUUAUCACGACACCGAAACGAAAUGGACGUCGAAACAAAAAACGAAGAAUAUUUUCAGAUUAUUUCUAGUGACAGUGAAGAGAACACAGUACCCGCAUCUAAGAAUAAGAAAGAUAAAAAGAAACAUAAAAAGCAUAAACACAAACACAAGCAUGAUAAAGGGUCAGACAGGCAUCGACAUAAACACAAGCGGAGAAAAACAAGAGAAAAUCGAUCAGAUGAUGAGAGUGAUGUGGUCAGUGAAUCUAAACGUCGCAGAUUUGCUGAGGAGCCAGAAUAUGGCAAUGAAGGUGGCUUUGAAGAAUCUGAUUUGGAAAAGUUAGAAGCAGCGAGAGCUGCACUUAGAGCUGAAUUAAAUGGUGUAUCAGAUGACAGGUAUGAUGCCCUGUUGGAGGAACAAUAUAAUGCGCUUAGUGCUCAGUUAAAGGAGUUUUCUGAUCAACAGGCUGAUUCUGGUGCUGAAAGAACUGAUAGAAAUGAAGAUCAGAUGGACACAGCAGAUUAUUUCCGACCAGAGUUAGGACUUGCUAUCACUAUUAAAGGUGAUGCUCGAGAUGAAAGUAGGUAUGUCGCUGGUCGAGGAUCAUCAAGUGGAGCUGCCAAACGGCAAAGAAAACACAAAGAAGAAGCAGGUAUAUCUCAGGGGAACAGUAAUGUUCACACUAGUAUUAAUGUAGAUGCUGUUGGAAUGAGUCAGUCUGCCUCAAUUAAUUUGAUUGCAAGUUAUGGUUCUAAUGAAAAUAGUGAAUCAGAAGAAGAAGGGGAAAUUGGCCAUGAAGAGACAGGUAAAGAUGAAUUAGCGGAUGAACUAUUAGAAUAUGCAAUGAAUGAAGAUGAAUAUUCCAGGAAAUACAGAACUGAAAGCUCAAGUCAUAGAAAAGAAGAGACUUUUAAAAGUUUUGAAAGAGAAUAUGAAGAAAUUAGAAAAAGAAGGGAGCGGGAAAAGGAAAAGAAGAGGGAACGUGAGAAAAAGGAAAAAGAAAGGGCAGAGAGGAAAGAACGAGAGAGACGAAAAGAAAAAGAAAAGAAAGAAGCAAGAAGGAAAGAAAAAGAGGAUGCUAAAAGACAGAAAGAAAACCAGAGGGCAGCUGAGAAAAUUGCAGAAAGGGAAAAAGAAAGAUCAAGAUCAAAGUCAAGGAAUGUGGAGUCACGACAAGAUGUUCGUGAUGAGAGAAGACGCGACCCGAGACCCGACGAUCGUCCAAGAUUUGAUGAACAUCGUAGACCAGAGAGUCAUCAACGCCCAGAGGAUCGCCAUAGAAUGGAAGAAGCACGUAGACAGGAAGAUCGUGAAAGGGACAGAGCCACAGAGCGGGAAAGAGAUCUAAACAGGGGUCGCGAUACUAGAGAUCCAAGAAGAGAAAGAAGUGGAUCACGCAGCAGGAGAAGGUCUCGUGAACGACAGUUUAGCCCAUACAGACGACGAAUGGAUCGACGAUCAAGAUCACGUGACAGAAGAAGUAGGUCACGUGAUCGUAAGAAGGUGGAAGAUCAAGAUAAAUUCAAGGGUAGUUUGUCAGAAGGGUUGUUUGUACAGAAAGAUCAGUCAUCAGAUGAGGAACAUGUUGUUGACAUUGACCCAGAAGAGGAGGAGGAUGAGGAGACAUUAAUUGAAAGGCGAAGAAAAGAAAGAGAGGCACUUUUACAGAAAUUAAAACAAAAUGAAGCACAGGAAGAUCAGCUUGAGGCUCAAGCAGCUAACCAGUCUGUGGAUAAACCAGAGGAGAUAGAGUCCCAGUCUACAGGUAUUAUCAUAGACAUGGAACCAGUCCAGUCUCUACAACAACAACAACAAGCUGAAAGCGUUGAUGGCCCACAGAGCCCAGAUGCACAAGCUAGUCCUCAUACCUCAACUAGCGACAGUUCUAGCAGUUCAUCAUCAUCAUCUUCAUCAUCAUCAUCAGAUAAUAGUGACAAUGAAACAGCAGAUAGACAUGAGAGAAAGAAAAUAGAGAAAAAGAAAGUUAAAGAAAUAAUAAAACUGUAUGAUAAAUAUUCUGCAGAUAAAACUUCUGAUUAUGACUCUGAAAGAAAAAGAAGAGAGAUUAGUAGAGAUCAGAGAUCAAGAACUAAAGAAGUUAGUGAUAAUGAGAAGUUCUAUAAGGAGGGAAGCAAAGAAAGAUAUAAAGUUGGUAAGAAUGAAGAAGAUGAAAUGGAAAGUGAUGACAACAAGAAUGUUGAGACUGUGAGAGAGGAAAGAAAGAACAGAGAAGAGAAAACUACAGAUAGUGAAGAAGAAAUGAGACAAAGAAUUAUGAACAGAAUGAAAAAUGGAAGUAGAGGGAAAGGUGAGAAUAGAAAUGAUGAUUCUGAUGAAGAUAGAAAAGAUAGAAAGAAAAAUAAAAGGGAUGAUAGGGAUGAUAAAAGGAGUGAGAGAAGAAAGAAGAGAGAUAGUAGUGAAGAGCUUGAGAGAAGUUAUAAAAAGAUUGAAAAGAAAAAAGGGAAAAGAAAGGAAGAGUCCAAGUAUGAGAGAAAAGAUAGAACUGAUGAUUCCAGAAGGAAGAAGUACGAAUAUUCAUCAGAGGGCGAUCAGGACAGAAAACGUGAUAAAUACAGAAAAGACGCUAGAAAGAAAACAAGAAGAGACAGUGAUGAAGACAGGUAUGACAGAAGGAAAAGAAGCAGUCGAUACAGCAGUGAUGAUGAUUAUUAUAGAAAAGAUAAUCAAGGUAGAGAAAGGCGAAAAACUUCAAGAAGAUACAGCAGUUCUAGCGAUGAUGAUAGUGACUCUGAUUACAAAGAUAGAAGAACUAAACAAGAUUCUAGAAAAGAUAAAUAUGAAAGACCAAGGGACAGAAGUGAUAAAGAUAAGAAAAAAGAGAAAUCUGAAGACAAGGCCAUAGUGGGAAGUGAAUCUGUUCAAAAAGAUGAGUCGAAAAUAUUUGAUAAUCUGGAAGAUGAAAAUACCACAGAUUUUGAGGAAAUUGUGAAACAGAAACGACUGUCUCUAGAGGGAUUUAAUGAAGGGGAUAGUAAGGAUGCAGAGACGACGGAAAAAACAUCAAAAGGUUUAGACAUGUUUUCAGAGGAUGCAGAUAUGUUCUCUGAAAAUUAUAAUUCACCAAAUCUGUCGGCCUACAAGACAGGCAAGAAUGAGAACCAAACAUUGAUGGACAACUGGGAUGAUGCUGAAGGAUACUAUAGGGUUCGUAUAGGUGAGAUUUUGGAUAAACGUUACACAGUAUAUGGGUACACAGGACAGGGGGUUUUCAGUAAUGUUGUCCGUGCACGAGAUCAGGCACGAGGAAAUCAAGAAACAGCCAUCAAAAUCAUCAGAAAUAACGAGAUGAUGCACAAGACUGGUUUGAAAGAGCUUGAAUUUUUACGGAAGUUGAAUGAUGCGGAUCCCGAUGACAAGUUUCACUGUCUACGAUUGUACCGACACUUCUUUCAUAAAAACCAUCUCUGUCUGGUGUUUGAGUCUCUCAGCAUGAAUCUCCGUGAAGUGAUGAAGAAAUAUGGCAAGAAUAUAGGUCUACAUAUCAAGGCCGUGAGAAGUUAUUCACAACAACUAUUGAUGGCACUCAAGCUUCUGAAGAAAGCCAGUUUACUACAUGCUGACAUCAAACCUGAUAACAUACUGGUAAAUGAUUCAAAAUUACUACUGAAACUAUGUGAUUUUGGUUCAGCAUCACAUGUAUCAGAGAAUGACAUUACACCAUACCUUGUCAGUAGAUUCUACAGGGCUCCAGAAAUAAUAAUGGGAAAUGGCUAUGACCAUGCCAUAGACAUGUUUUCUGUUGGCUGUACGAUCUACGAACUUUACACUGGGAAAAUAUUAUUCCCAGGGACGUCAAACAACGAGAUGCUGAAGUUCAUGAUGGAUGUGAAAGGGAAAAUACCAAAUAAGAUUAUACGUAAGAGUAUGUUUAGGGAUCAACAUUUUGAUGCAAAUUACAACUUCCAGUAUCAUGAAGUGGACAAAGUUACACACAGGGACAAAAUCACAGUGUUGAGUACAAUAUCUCCGUCACGUGAUCUGUUGGCCGAACUUGUUGGUUAUCAACGUCUGCCCGAAGACCAGAUGCGCAAAGUUAAACAGCUGAAAGAUUUGUUAGAAGGCAUUCUUAUGUUGGACCCCGCCAAGAGGAUUUCAAUCAAUGCAGCCCUUGCUCACCCAUUCAUACAGGAAAAGAUAUAAGGGGAGAUCAUUCUAUAUGACUGCAGACUGAGUUAGGGAACUUGAUUUAUUCUCAGAAAUUCCAUGGUGACGUUUUCUACAAACCAGUUGUCAGUUUUUGCUGAAUAAUGAAAAAGAUAAGUGCAGAAGUGCCAAAGUGAAGUGAAUUCAUUUUAAAAGAAACUGUCUAGUUUUCACAUUGAAAUACAAAUUGAAGUGCCCAUUUCUUUUCUAUUAAAUGGUAAAAAACUGAAACAUUUUUGGACAUUUACAGUUAAGUUUUGUGAUGCUGUAAAAUGUAAAGACAAAUUGUUAAGACAAACUAUCAUUUAAACUUUUUCCUGGAGGCUGUAUGAUACAUUCAGAAAUCAAGAAAUUUUGUGCUGUCUGAAAAUUGUUAUUGUCCACUCAAAGAUGUCACAGAGUGUUUUGAUAAUGUAUUGAUAUUUUAUGCAGGUCGAUUAGAAGAUGGUGAUAUUUUGAAUUCCUUGGUCCAGAAAGAGUAAAACUUUUUGGUAAUCUAUUUUUCUAUUGAGAGAGUGAUUUUUGUGUUAGUGUUCAUGUUAAUAUAAUUAACAGUUAAUGAAAAGAAAUCAUGUAGAAAUUGUAAGAAAUUUUAUUUCAGUUUGAAAAAGUUAAAAUGCUGCUUGAGUUAUGUGAUGUUGAUAUUUUUCUUUAUGUAAUAAAAUACUGUAUGAAUUUUACUUUCUUUUACAACCCCUGGCAACCCUGUCAAGGUCAGAUGAUGAUGAAAGCAUCUAGAAUACAACAAAACGAUCUUACACAGACCAGAAAAAAAGGUUCAUGUGCAGAAAAGCGGGAACAAUUUCACGUAAAACUUGUAUACCAAAUGUACUGUGACCCAUGAAGAAAACACAGUGGUGAAAGAAAAACGAGGCAUUAGUAUGAAUGCUGGAUAACUUGUAAAUGAUACUUGAGCUGUUUUCUUUCACCACUGCUCAUUAGUAGAUUCAUUAGCAAAACAAUUCAGUUAACCUUUUUUGUUGGUUACAUGAUUUCUCAAAACAUUUUAAAGUACAGCUGUUGAUUUGCUAUGCAUUCAAUUGCCUUAUAAAAUGUUCCAUUAUAUGUCACAGUAUUUAGACCAUUACUUCGAAAACAUUCAUGAUGAGCCAUGUGCUGUUUGACUAGUAGAGAAAAUAGUUCUGUCAAAACAUUAAUUGUGAGCCAUGUGUUCUUCGAUUUAAAGAAAAAGUAGUUCUGUCAAACAUUCAUGAUGAGCCAUGUGCUAUUAGACUUGAAGAGAAAAUAGUUCUGUCAAAACAUACAUUGUGAGCCAUGUGACCUUCGGUUCAAAGAAAUAGUUGUUCUGUCAGAUAUUCAUGACUCAUAUCUUAACUGACUUGAAGGGUUUCUUAGACCAGUACAACAGCCCGUGAGAAGAGUUAUAUUUAGUUUGCCAUAAUAGUGUAGACUGGUUGACUCACUGUUUUGUUAUGAACCAGAUGUGUUGUCUCAGAGUAUAAAUCAAAACAAGGAUGAGCUAUACUAGUAAUAUGUAGAAUUUCGUAUUGUCAGUCUGUAAAUCGAGCUAGAAAGUACUUAUCUGAGAUACUUUAACUGACUUGGCCAUACACUAGUUGAAUCAUGUCCUUUAAAAAGUGAAAAGACUACAGAAAGUGUUAGUAAUAAAUGUGACUUAGCAAUGAUUCUUUUGUCUUUCCUUAAUGACUUAUGGGCAGAUGUUAAUGAAAAUGUGUAUAACAUGAAUUUUUAUUAAGUUUCUGUGUAAAGGAGAUAUGUUAGUAAAAAUACGUAGUGCAUGUAAUUUCAAAAUGUUAUAUUUAUAGUUCAAAUUGGCUUUAAAGAAAGGUGAUAAAUAGGGUCAGAUUUCAAGAACACAUUGAUCAGUUACAUUCCAUCUGAAGCUAUGUUGUUUGCCUGCAUAGCUCAGUAGGGAGAGCGUAGAUCUACAGAGCGGGGGUGGGUGUGUGGGGAGUCAUGUAUUCUCUGUCUAAAAUCAUUAGUCAUCCACAUCUCAUUCAUAUGAGAAAGUUUUGGCAGUUACUAGUGAAGAACAGGUUAGUACUGGUACAGAAUCCAGAAACACUGUUAAGGUUUACUGCCUGCUGUAAUAUAACUGAAAUACUGUUGGAAACUCUGCCGAAUCCAAAAGAAACAAAAGCUACAUAGGGUACCUUUUAUUGGUAGAGGUCAAGUUAGCUCUGGCAUAAAAUCCUGACUGAAAAACUGCAGACAGUGGUGAUAUCAUAGUAGAAGUAAAUGGAAAUAAGUUUGUUUUCCAUGUUUUUGAAAACAACAGAGUUGACUUAAAAUGAAAAAUAUUGCAUUUUGGUUUUGAACUGUUCACUCAAUGAUUUGUCAAAUGGAUUAUUUUAUUAGUGAAAAAUGAAAUGAUCAAAAGAAUUUUCUUUCAGAGAAGGCCAUAUGUGAAUUGGAUAUGUUUGAUUAUUUUCGUCUUUUUAUUUUCCUGUAGGUGAGAGACCCAAGCAAGAAGUCUUGUUCAGGAUUAACCUUGACAUCUCGAGGUUUCCAGUGGUAAACAAAGCUUCUGUUUCAAUUACGUUAAGUGGUGGUGUAGCUUGCCAACAACUUUCAAAAGGAAGAGGUUACAAGGUAGUCAAAAGACUGAACUUACCAUAUGGAAAAAUAACUGUAUGGCCCGCCUCAGUAGGUGGAGCUCGGGACUGCGUAUCAAGAGAUUGCAAGUUCAGUCUCGAAGCAUGGCAUAUAUUUUAAGUUAUUAUAUAAUGAAAGACAAUAUAUCUGAAGUAAUUUAUACUCAACCUCUAAUUCAUAUGGAGAAAUUGUCAUUUACUUAUGGAGAACAAGUUUGUAUUGGUGCAAAAUCCAGGAAGACUGGUUUGGUUUAUUGAAUGAAAGACUUUUGUAAAACAGUGUUGAGCAUAAUCCAUGUAGAGGUAGCAAGUAGAUCUGCAUUAGCUACACCACUGUAUUAUUCUCAGAAUUGUGAGAUCAAAAACAAGUUUAAGAGUAGAGAAAUUUCAAAAUAACUUCAUUUUUAUAGGCGAUAAUUUUAUUUUUUCAUCACCAAAGAAUGUUCCAGGACAAAGGUCUGUGACUUUUAUUCUACUGUUUCUUUAUAAACUCUCAAUCUGAAAACAUUACUUGAUCAAUGUGUUUAAAUACUACAUGUAUUUUUUUAAAACUUCUUAAGAGUUGGAGGGUAGGGAGCAGCAAGUAUAGGUUCUUGUGAAUGCCUGUGAUUUGACACAUCUCUUUCUUCACAAAACAUAAAGUAGCUCUUUUCAUCCAUAUAAGAAAACUGUUUUGGUUUUAAUAUGUUCCAUUGUUUCAUCUAAUAUUAUCUUCCAUAUAUUUUUUUUCUGGCAAAAUCAUUGGAUGAAACUUUAAAUGAAAAUGUUUUCAAUCUUUCUAAAUCAUAUUAUAUUAUUUAUUGUAUUUUUUUUUUCAAUUAGAUAAUUUUCUCAGAAUUGAAUAUUUUAUAUUGUAAUAAAAUUAGAGAAUUUUAACAUUUUGCUGUAGAGGAUAUGAUCACAAUAUGAUGUACUAUGUUUUACAUUUUCAGGGGAUCCAGAAAAAAGAGCUACUCUACAAAAUCAGGUUGUUACCAAAGUUCAGAAAGGCAGAGCUAUAUAUGUCCUGUUACUGCAGCAACUGCAGCAAUUAAAACAUCAAGGAAAAACAUCCCUGUUUUUCGACUUCCUUAUAAGACAGAUUAAUCCAGUUUGCAAAAAAAUAAUACCCUUUCCAUACUUUUUUAGCAGGAGAACAAAAAGGGAGAAUUUGGUUUGGUAAAGGGAAAUCUUACCAAAAUUCAUGGCAUUUGUAGCAGUGAUGAAAGCCAAGUGGGCACAUGAUAUUUGAAAACUGGAAGAAAUAAAAUACAGUGACACAAGGCUUUGGGCACAGUUCGUGAUUUGUAUUGACCAUUAUCCAUCUGCUAAAUUAACUAAAUUAGACGGUAAUCUAUUGGCACUGGUAGGGGGAAUUAAUAUUGGUGAAAUCUCUCGAGAACACAAUGGCUGUUGCUUUGGUUACUUACUUUGUAACUAUUAGUGAAUGUUAAACUGAAAAUACUGCGAAAUUAUUAAUAUUUGUGGGAGCCCAAUUGAACUUUGAUGAACUUAUAAAAUGCUCAUUCCAUGUCAAAAUCCAUUAAAUUUAUAUUCCCACAAAACAGCCAUUUUUGGCAAAACCAAAAUAAAUAUGCCCAUGAAAUUAAAAGAUUUCACAGUAUGACUGUUUAAAGGAAAACAGACUGGACCGAGUACAGAAUAUAGAAUAAUGCUGAUUAGAUGUUAACUUGUAUUUUAUGUAUUUCAGGUAAGUUACUUAACAUCUUGGUAUAAUGGCAUACAUAUCUGCUCUGAGAAGUUGUUCACCAGCGUAACGUCUGCUUGUAGAAGAAGUCGUGUACCAUAAUAAAACCAGCUUGGAGAGAUGUUGUUACUGUGGAGAAGUGGAAAUACAUUACACAUUCCGUAACAUUGUCUUUUUAGUCUGUUGCCUAGGAAAUUCAGACUUGAAAAUUUUACUGUGGUUUUCAUGGAUUAUCUUAAAGCAUUUGUACUGACUAUGGGACAGAUACAAAGUAUAUUGCCCCUAGCUCUAAUCAUGAUAGUGCUGAAUGAUGUUGUUGUGAUAAUUCUAUAUAUAUAAUAUGUUUAUGAAUAUAAUUACUAGUAUGUUAAAAUCUUUUAAGGAAAACUGUAUAAAAUAUUGCGUUAAAGAA